GUUGAUGUGCGUGGUAUGGAAGUUAGUGAAGACCAGAUUGGGAUGGGGUUUAGGUUGGAUGGUGAAAAUCCUACAAAUAGCUUCCAAAUGAAGGAAAAAGGAAAAUAUGUGAGCAUAUGUAUCCCAAAUCAUGCUGCUUCGCUCGAAUAUUGCCUUUCCCUCGGACUGGGAAAAGGAACACAAAUAUGUGGCUGUAUGGGCUUGAGGCCAUUUGACAUUUGGGCCCGACAAG